AUGAAGAGCCGCCUCCUCCUUGCCAUGCUCUGCCUCUCCCUGGCCAGCGGCUUGAAAAGGGACCGUGGGCAGCUCUCCCACUUUUGGAAAGCCCACAAGCUUGACAUGGUCCGGUACAGCGAGGACUGCUCUGCCUUCAUGGAGGCCAACGAGCCCCUCAUCAACUACAUGGACAUGGAGUAUUUUGGGCAGAUCUCCAUUGGGACUCCCCCCCAGAACUUCACCGUGGUAUUCGACACGGGCUCCUCCAACCUCUGGGUGCCGUCCGUUUACUGCGUCAGCAAAGCCUAUGAGCACGCCAAGUUUCACCCGUCCCGGUCCAGCACGUACCAGGUGAUAGGCACCCCCUUCUCCAUCCAGUACGGGACCGGCAGUUUGACGGGGGUCAUCGGAUCUGACCAAGUAGUCGUCGAGGGCCUCACCGUGAGCAACCAGAAGUUUGCAGAGAGCGUCAGCGAGCCGGGAAAAACCUUCGUGGAUGCCGCCUUCGACGGGAUCCUGGGGCUGGCUUACCCCUCGCUGGCCGUGGACGGGGUCACCCCCGUCUUUGACAACAUGAUGGCACAAGAUCUGGUGGAGCUGCCUAUGUUCUCCGUCUACAUGAGCGCGAACCCCGAAUCCUCCCUGGGAGGAGAGCUGCUUUUUGGUGGCUUUGACCCCUCCCGCUUCACAGGGACCCUGAACUGGGUGCCCGUCACCCAGCAAGGAUACUGGCAGAUCCAGUUGGACAACAUCCAGCUGGGUGGGACAACGAUUUUCUGCAUGAACGGCUGCCAGGCCAUCGUGGACACCGGGACGUCGCUCAUCACAGGUCCCAUCAAGCAUAUAAAAGAAUUGCAAAGCUAUAUUGGUGCCACGUCUGUGGAUGGAGAGUACGCCGUGGAGUGCAGCAACCUCAACGUGAUGCCCGACGUGACCUUCACCAUCAACGGGCUCCCCCACACGCUCAGCGCCCAGGCCUACACCCUCAUGGAGGACAGCGAUGGCAUGGCCUUCUGCACCAGCGGCUUCCAAGGGUUGGACAUCGCCCCUCCCGCCGGACCCCUCUGGAUUUUGGGUGACAUUUUUAUCCGUCAGUUUUACUCCGUCUUUGACCGUGGAAAUAACAGGGUGGGGUUGGCCCCCGCCGUCCCUUAG